AUGUCGAGCCGCAAAGCACUUGAACAUAUCCCGACGAAGCCACCGCUUGACGAUGACGCGAAUACUAGUGUGCAGCGUUCGGAGGUUGGUCGGUCCGUGGCCAUAGACCCCCGUGCCGAACGGAGUGUGGUCUCGAAGUUUGACCUCCGCAUUCUUCCCGUAUUAGCAGUCAUGUAUCUCUUCAAUAGCCUUGAUAAAUCGAACCUUGGAAAUGCCAAGACUGCUGGUCUGGAAAACACCCUCCAUCUACAUGGUAACCAGUACAACAUAAUAUUGAGCAUCUUCUUCAUUCCAUAUGUCUUGACGGCCCCAUUUCUUGGAAUUCUGGGGAAGAUGUAUGGUCCCAACCUUGUUUUGCCUUGCAUGAUGUUGUGCUUCGGCCUCUGCACACUUCUUGUCGUCGCCGUCUACAAUUUCGAAGGCCUUCUCGCGAUUCGAUGGUUCCUGGGCAUGGCGGAGAGCGCUUUCUUCCCACUCGUGAUCUAUUAUCUAACCACGUUUUAUCGUCGAGGAGAAAUGGCAAGGCGUCUUGCCAUUUUCUAUGCCGCCCAGAGUAUCGCUUCUGCCUUCUCAGGGCUGCUUGCUUUUGGCGUUUUCCGGAUCAAGUCCGGUUCGCUAACCCCAUGGCGCUACCUUUUUCUCAUCGAAGGCGCUGGUACUAUCGUCUUCGCCAUCUUUGCAAUCUGGUAUUUGCCGCGGUCUGCAUCUGAGGCCAGCUUUCUCACCCCAUCAGAGAAAGCGCUGGCAUACGAACGGAUGCAGCUCGAUAGUUCUUCGGUUGUCAAUGAGAAGCUCAAUAUUCGCGAGGCAUUUACCAUCUUCAAACAUCCUACCAGUUGGAUGAUUCUGGGUAUCCAAGUUUGCUUGGGUGUUCCACUACAAUCCGUUCAGCUCUUCUUGCCACAAAUCAUCAAUCGACUAGGAUACAGCACCGUCAAGACGAAUCUCUACACGGUUGCCCCCAAUGUGUCCGGGGCUAUCAUGCUUCUAAUCUUAGCAUUUCUCAGCGACUGGACCCGGUGGAGAUUUCCGUUCAUUGCAUUGGGUUUCCUCUUCACAUUCAUUGGAUUCAUAAUUUAUGUCGCCAUUGAUGUUAGGCACGAUAUUAAUGUUGCCUACUUUGCUUCCUUCAUAAUGACAUGUUCAAAUAUCUUUCAGAAUCAGGAUGCACCAAAAUAUAUGCCGGCUCUUAUCACAACCGCUGCUUUUGGAGGAACUGGCAUUGUGUUAACUCUGAUUCUUGGCGCCUGGAUGAUAAUAGACAAUAAGCGACGGAAUGUGAAGCAAGGCAUCACCCUCAGAGCUCUGGAUGUCCCAACAGAAAGGUUGAGGGAGGGUCCUGCUAACCCUGAUUUCAGAUGGUUCUACUAG